GAGAUCCAGUUCCAAAUUAACUUUGCCACCAGGGUAAAGCGCAGAGACCCUCAGAUGCACAAAAUUUUCUUAUAGUUACUUAGAAGAAACAGUUACUUGCCACACUCCUCCCCUUCUGUGUUUUUCAGUGAAGACAUCGGAGGGAAAAAAGCAGGUGGGCAUAAUGAGAGUAAAUACGGUAAUCUAUUCAUUCGCAAGUUCAAGCGCUGGACUUGGGACUUAGGAGUGCCCAUGGGUCUACAUCUGACUUGGACUGAAUGUAGGUGAGAGACAAGACUGGCUCAUAUCCGGGGAAAGCAUAACCUGUGACUAGGCUGGGAAGAGGAAGCACUGCCUUUACUCUGGGAGCUUCAGCCUCCCCCUGCAAGCCAAUGUUCAUUCCCAGAAAAGCAAAAGACUAAGCUAAUUCUCGAGUCUCUAACAAGGCAGCUACUCCAGCUAUAUUGCUCCUGGUUGUUCAAAGUGGACCUGAGGGAGAAGUCAGAGCCAAGACAUUACCACCAAGCAGUCCAAGAGGCCCAGAAGCAAACCUGGAGGUGAGAUCUGAAAAAAGCUGGAACCACCAUGCUGACCCUGUGCACUACGAGGAUGCAGGCCCCGUUCCCGGAAAGCCCUCUGCCAAUACGGAUGAGGAAGACGGAGGUCCCCAAAUCUGCCGUGUAUGUGGGGACAAGGCCACUGGUUAUCACUUCAAUGUCAUGACAUGUGAAGGAUGCAAGGGCUUUUUCAGGAGAGCCAUGAAACGCAAUGCCCGGCUGAGAUGCCCCUUCCGGAAGGGUGCCUGCGAGAUCACCCGGAAGACCCGGCGGCAGUGCCAGGCCUGCCGACUGCGCAAGUGCCUGGAGAGUGGCAUGAAGAAGGAAAUGAUUAUGUCUGACGCCGCUGUGGAGCAGAGGCGGGCUUUGAUCAAGAGGAAGAAGAGAGAACGGAUCAGGACUCAGCCACCAGGAGUGCAGAGGCUGACGGAAGAGCAGCAGAUGAUGAUCAGGGAGCUGAUGGACGCGCAGAUGAAAACCUUUGACACCACCUUCUCCCAUUUCAAGAAUUUCCGGCUGCCGGAGGUACUUCACAGUGGCCGUGAGAUUCCAGAGUUUCUGCAGGCCCCGUCAGGGGAAGAGGCUGCCAAGUGGAGCCAGAUCAGGGAAGAACUGUGCUCUCUGAAGGUCUCUCUGCAGCUGCGGGGAGAGGACGGCAGUGUCUGGAACUACAAACCCCCCACCAACAGUGGCGGGACAGAAAUCUUUUCCAUGCUGCCCCACAUGGCAGACAUGUCAACCUACAUGUUCAAAGGCAUCAUCAACUUUGCCAAAGUCAUCUCCUUCUUCAGGGACUUGCCCAUCGGGGACCAGAUCUCCCUGCUGAAGGGGGCCACUUUCGAGCUGUGCCAGCUGAGAUUCAACACAGUGUUCAACGCAGAGACCGGAACCUGGGAGUGUGGCCGGCUGUCCUACUGCUUGGAAGACCCUGCAGGUGGCUUCCAGCAACUUCUCCUGGAGCCCAUGCUGAAAUUCCACUACAUGCUCAAGAAGCUGCAGCUGCAUGAAGAGGAGUACGUGCUGAUGCAGGCCAUCUCCCUCUUCUCCCCAGACCGCCCGGGUGUGGUGCAGCACAGCGUGGUGGACCAGCUGCAGGAGCAGUUUGCCAUCACCCUGAAGGCCUACAUCGAGUGCAACCGGCCCCAGCCAGCCCACCGGUUCCUGUUCCUGAAGAUCAUGGCCAUGCUCACCGAGCUCCGCAGCAUCAAUGCCCGGCACACCCAGCGGCUGCUGCGCAUCCAGGACAUCCACCCUUUUGCCACCCCUCUCAUGCAGGAGUUGUUCAGCAUCACAGAUGGCUGAGCGGCCCCAGGGGUGCAGCCCCCACAAGGCAACCAGACCCAGAGCCCUCUGAGCCACCAUUCCUGGGCCUGGAAGGUGGGCAAGGCUGAUAAUCUCCAGUGCCCUGCUGCGGCUGCUCACCAGGGAACUC